AUGCACAACUGUCUACGUAUUCCCGAAAUCGUGACUCUCAUCUUCCAAUACGUGUACGAGAAUGACGAAAACGACAAACAACACGCGAAAACCGUGGCGAAUCUGGCACGAACAUGCAAAGCCUUCACGUCGCCCGCGUUGGGUAUUCUGUGGCAUGAGACAACGUUGACGCGCUUUUUGUCCCUUCUCCCGGACGAUAGCUGGACCAGCAAACACACCUUCAGUGAACUGUCUGGCCAUGGCUGGAACCCCCGAAAGGGAAUGGAUUUUACAAGGAUUCCAACCCCUGUAGAAUGGGAGCGAUUCAGACUCUACGCCAACCGUGUCAAAAAGCUUGAGAUCACCUUUCCGAAAUACGACUCGAAAAUCGGUCAACGAAUCGCAGAUGUCCAUCCCAGUAUGAUCUGCGCAUUACCUCGAUACGGUUGCCUGCCCAGUCUACGACAUUUGCGGUGUGCCUUUGCAGGCCUGUCCAGGCCGUUUUUUGAAACCUUUCUGGUUCCAAGUCUGACAACUAUCGAAUUUCGCUACCACUAUCAUGGUCAUCAUCAAUCCUUCGAUUUCUUUGCGCAGAAGUUUAUGCUCGAAUUGCCCACAAAGGUGCCACGUCUCCAAAAGCUAGUGGUGACGAUCGACGAGCCAUCGUGCAGCUGCGAAACCCACGACAACAUCGCUGCAUCUUUCUCCCUUGAUGAACCUCUACGCAACCUUCCCUCUCUUCGCCAUCUCUCGCACCCCUUCAACAUUUCCUACGAUACCAUUCGGCACCUCGGAUCCGCGACUCAAGCCAUCGAGGUUUUCGAAUCGACAACAGAUAUUGGAGUCUUCAUCAAAUGCGUCAAUGGAAAAACGGGUUUGUUUCCAUCUCUUCGAUACCUGGGGGUCAGAUGUGACAAACUGGCACCUUUCGAGACACUCUUCGCUAAGUUUCCGCCCACGCAACUCCAUGGCCUUCGCGUUGUUUACACAAAUCCAGUCUCCCCCACUCCUCAGGAGUUAUUCCACUUCUUCACAUUGUUGGUCGACCAUGUCUCACGUACAAAUUUCAUCUCCCUCCAGAUAAUUCACGACCCACAACUCGGAUUCGUCCGCCCAUCUGGACAACUGGCAACUUGCGAUCACCUCCAGCCUCUCUUUUCCCUGAAGAAACUUGAACAUCUCGAGCUCGGUUUACAUUACCCUGUCUAUCUCAACGAGCACGAUGAUGGGCCGGAGCGAGUCGCCAAAGCGUGGCCCCGAAUAAAGACCCUUUACCUGCAGCACCAUGUCGCGGAUUUGACCAAACCCGAUAUGACCCUCGGCCAACUAGCGCUAUUUGCAGAACACUGCCCGAAUCUCGAAUCGCUGCGGCUCACUUUGGACCUUACAACUCUACCUGAACCGGAGCCCCUUAAUUCACCGGGGAAUGGCCCCGCCUGCUCCAAGGUGAAGAAUCUGAACCUGAUGCAUACCGUCACGAUGGGAGAGCAUCAGGAGGAACCUGUUGCGAUGAUUCUUUCCUCCCUCUUCCCUUCACUGAAGACCAUCGAAUUCCAUCGUUACCCCGAGUUGGAAUUUUGGGACCGGAUUUUGGAGCAGGCUCAGACAUUCUCCAUGAUUCGGAAGCAAGAGCGGCGUCGGCUAUGGGGUCCAAUUACCAACAGUGCCUGA